AUGAAGGACAUCUCAAAAAGAAUCUUUGAAAAAGAAAAUUAAGCAGAAGUAUCUAAUGAUCCAAGACAAUAGAAUAAAUCAUUAACUUAAUUAGUAUCAUUGACAAUGAUAAAUAAUACUCGAAGUAUGAUAUGAUAUGUAAAACUUCAUUAGAAAACGAAUUUAAGGGUAUAGACAUAAAGAAUAAUAAUAUUUCUAAUAGACCACUUGUAUUUUGUAAACCUGAGUAGAAAGUAUAAACUAAAACUAUUUCAUAUCCAUUGAAUAAAUGUAGUGAAGCUCAAUCAAAAGAAUUAAAUAAUUUAAUAUUGAAUUAUUCUGAACCUAUUUUAGAAUACUAUUAAUAAUUAAAUGUAUACAAUUUUAUUUUUAUUUUAAGAUUUAAACUCCUAAAAAUAGUUUAUAAAAUCAUACAAUAAAUACUAAUUUAAGAGCUAAAAUGAUUGAUUGGAUGAUUGAAGUUCUUUCAUCGUAUAAAUGCAAGGAUUAAACUUUUUAUUUAUCAAUAAGGUUGAUGGAUUUGUAUUUAUCUAAAACAACUUUAAAACAUGUUUCAUCAGAUUUACAUUUGAUAGGAGUUACCUCAAUCUUUAUGGCUUGUAAAUAUGAAGAAAUUUACCCAGUAAAAUUACAAGUAGUCCAUGAAAAAAUAGCACACAAAAAAUUAACAAAGGAACAAAUAAGAGAAAAAGAGGCUAAUGUGUUGUAGGUUCUAGAUUUUAAUUUAAAUGGAACUACCAUAUUAGAUAUAUUAACAAUGGUUUUAUCAAUAUUAAAUCUUCAUUAUUAGUUAUAUGAUGCAGCUAAUUUAUUAGCAAAACUAGUAUAUAUUAAAAUUAUAAAAUAGGCUUUAUUUUAUUAUGAAUUUGUCAAUAUGUACUCUUAUUUAGAAAUAGCAUGUGCCGUAUUAAUUAUUAGUACAAAGACUAUAGAAUAGAUUGAUUAAAGUUUAUCAUCAGAAGUGACAAUUCCGCUUAUUAUUUCUACAUUGAAAUUAGAUUAUAUAGAUUCAAUUAAAUGUGCUAAUUAAUUACUAGAAUUCUCAAAAGGAUUUGAGAAACAGUUUCCUAAUUUAGAAAAUCUAAAGAAAUUCAGUAAGUUUCAAAUUUCAGAUAUCAUGAAAACAUAGUUUUGA